AUGGCUAAACCUCUGACUAUUGCAGCGACCGAGAUUCCUUGGGAUGGUUUUAGCUCGGGCAAUGAUUCGGACGCCUCUUGUCACAGUCUGCCCUCUCCCACAGCGUCGAUGGAUGGGCCGGCGGAUUCUGAAGACCAGCUUUCUGAAUUCUCCGACGAUUUACCCAGGACUGAUGAUUCCGAAGAUUCUAUGGACGAAAGCGGGAGCAAUUACUAUGACCCCGAGGAGCGCAAAGAACGCUCUUCUGCGUUCAAAGCAUGGGCUACGAGUCAAGUCAACGAGGCUUUGGGCUUCAAACCUACUGCAUAUAAUUUUGCUACGCUCCAAAGUGGUCUUCCCACUAAGCAACCAACUCAUACCCCUAGAGGCCCAGAACAGGACCCUUUGCCGCCAGAACUGGAAAUAAGAAGCAGUGCACCAGAGCGCAAAGCAUUUAGCGUGAAGGUAGAGCGGCCACUUGACGUACAAGAAGGUCGUUUGGGUCUACCUGUGGUCGGAGAGGAACAGAAGAUUAUGGAAGCCAUCUACAACAAUCCCACGGUCGUCAUUUGGGGAGCAACAGGAUCUGGGAAAACUACUCAAGUACCUCAAUUUUUGUAUGAAGCUGGCUUUGGUAGCCCUGAAAGCCUAAAUCCUGGGAUGAUAGGGGUUACACAGCCUCGGAGGGUAGCUGCUGUGAGCAUGGCAAAGCGCGUCGGCGAUGAACUUGGUGGAGUGGGAGAAAGAGUCUCCUACCAGAUUCGCUUCGACAGCUCGGUCAGCAGCAAGACGGCCAUCAAGUUCAUGACGGAUGGUAUCCUGAUCAGGGAAAUCGCUAAUGAUUUUGCCUUGCUUAAGUAUUCAGUCAUCAUCAUUGACGAAGCACAUGAGCGCAGCGCCAACACAGAUAUCUUGAUUGGUAUGGUGAGUAGGAUUGUUGAUCUACGGGCUACUAUGAGCAGGGAGGAUGAGAAAAUCAAGCCUUUGAAGCUUGUAAUCAUGUCUGCUACUUUGCGAAUCACAGACUUCUUGGAAAAUCCGAACCUCUUCCGCAACGGCACUCCCCCCUUGAUACAAGCGGAAGGACGACAGUACCCUGUCACUACUCACUUUGUACGUAGGACGCGGAGAGACUACACUGAAGAAGCAUUUGAAAAAGUAUGCAAAGGCCACAGGAAACUUCCGCCAGGGGGGAUGCUUGUCUUUCUGACGGGUCAGAAUGAGAUAACUGCCUUGGCCAAACGGCUCAACGAGACCCUUGCAAACUUCCAAAGUCAAUCUAAUGGUCACAAGGUUCGGAUCUCUGCAAGUGAAGCACCUCUCGAGACGGAAGAUCUUGAGCUAGGGAACAUUGCUCCUGGGUUCGAUGAUUUUGAGGACGACGCAGAGAGUGACGGAGAUUCUUCUAGCCGUGGAGACGAUCGAGAUUUCGACGUUGAAGACUCCACCCCAGCAUCUUCAACGGUCCAUAUUCUCCCUCUCUACUCCCAGCUUCAAACUAAGGAUCAACUUCGUGUCUUCGAGCCUCCGCCUGAAAACUCCAGGCUAAUUGUGCUAGCCACCAACGUGGCAGAGACGAGUUUGACCAUUCCCGGCAUACGCUACGUCUUCGACUGCGGUCGCGCAAAGGAGAAGAAGUACGACCGCAUGACGGGUGUCCAAAAUUUUGACGUCGGCUGGAUCAGCAAAGCGAGUGCAAGUCAGCGUGCUGGUCGUGCCGGACGAACUGGCCCAGGACAUUGCUACAGACUCUACUCUUCAGCCGUCUAUGAGCGGGACUUCGAGGAGUAUGCAGAGCCGGAGAUACUCCGAAUGCCUGUGGAAGGUGUGGUGCUGCAGUUGAAGAGCAUGGACUUGCAGCAUGUUGUGAAUUUCCCCUUCCCUACGCCUCCAGAUCGGCAAAGUCUAGCAAAGGCCGAGAAAUUGCUCAUCUACCUUGGAGCGGUCUCGAAUGAAGGCAAAAUUACUUCUGUUGGGCGAGAAAUAUCCAACUAUCCGCUUUCUCCACGCUUUUCCAAGAUGCUUAUGAUUGGCCACCAGCAUGGCUGCAUGCCCUACACGAUCGCCCUCGUCGCCUCUUUGGCAAGCCUAGAUCUCUUUAUCCCCAAGAACCAGCUGGACCUUUCCGUGAACGUUCAGUCUGAGGUCUAUACCAACGAAGACCGCUCGGCAGAUGAAGCCCGUUCCCAGCUCAAAAGCCACUACAACCACGCACACCACCUCUUCAGCCGUCACUCGCCGACUUCUGAUGCUCUCAAAGGGCUCACUGCUCUAUGUGCCUACGCCUACGCUCCAUUGAGAGAGGCCUUCUGCAAAGACAUGUUCCUCUCCCCCAAAGCCCUCAGCGAAGCCAGCAACCUCUGUUCCCAACUCAUGAGCAUCGUCCGCAGCAACAACCCCACCCUACUUGCGCCCAACGUCUCUCUCAAGCUCCCAUCCCCAUCAAAGACUCAAGUUGCAGCUCUCCAGCAAUUCACCGCCGCAGCAUUCAUUGAUCAGAUUGCCAUCCUCGCUUCCGCAUCAGUCUCACCACCCGACCUCCCUCGGAAUCCAACCAGAGCCAUCGAUGUUCCUUAUCUCCCACUCUUUCCCAUCAACGUAAAGCGGAGAGCAGAUAUCGAUAUGAUCGACAUAGCAGUCUUCGUACACCCCUCCUCUGUCCUCGCCCACCUCGCGACCAAAGAUCUGCCAACCUAUAUCAUCUACAGCCACCUCCAGCGCGGCACACCCGCCACGAUUGAAGGAGCCAAGAAGCCAAGGACACGGAUGCAUGCCCUUACCGCUGUGACAGCCAUGCAGAUUGCGGGAUUGGCAAAGGGGACGCCGUUGUUGGUAUAUGGGAAGCCGAUUGGGAAGAUUGAGGAAGGAGAUAGCAAGACGAGGACGUGCUGGGUGAUACCUUCGCUUGUCGGCGAGAAGGGAAGUAUAGGUUGGCCGUUACCCGCGCAGAAGGUGGUUCAGAAAAAAGACGGGAAGGGGGAGUGGGCCGUUGAGAAGGUGAUUGGAUGA